CUUCCCAGUUAACGUUGCGAUGACGCUGGAUGACAUGAUUCAUCAUCAUCAUCUUCGCGUUCAGACUCUGUGGAGUUGGGCAGACGGUUAUACCAUCAGAACGUCAUGAUCUUCCUAGAGGAACCAACCAGCAUUCAAUCUCCCUUUCCCUGGUUGCUCUUGCUAUCCUACCCAGCUGGAUGGCGUCACUGGGUCUGGAGUUGAACUGCUCCCAAAAUAGAAAUUUGGGAGAGCAGAUGCUAUAUAAACGUUUCGAUUGUCGAUUGACUUUGAAUAAACAACAGAACAAUAACAUUUUCUAUUUAGUCCAUCUAACUUGACUUGAAUAUUAUUUUCUAUUUCACCCUUCAUCAAUACCAAACCAUUCUUCGUUCAUCAUGUCGAACAUCAUACACAAGGUCAAGGAUGCCGUGACUGGCCAUCACGACUCGCACUCUAACAAGGCAAACCAGCGUUAUGACAGUGGCCCUGAGAACCGUACCUCCGGCGGCUAUGGUGGAUCAACUGGUACACAUGGCUCAGACAACUACGGCACCAACUCUGGCUACCAGGGAGCGGGAUCAAACAACUACGGAUCUGGCGGUGACAGCUACAGUUCUGGAACUGGCGAUUACAGCUCUGGCACCGGCACCGGCCACCAUGGCUCUAAAACUGGACAUCACACCAGCUCUACCGAACCUCCUGCUGGAAGCCUUGGCUCUGGUGGUGGGCUUGGUGGUAUCGGCUCCGAAGCUGGCAUAGGCCAUGGACCUCAUGGUUCUGGCUCUCAUGGCUAUGGUGCUAGUUCUGGAGGUGAUACAUAUGGCACCGGCUCUGGAAACUAUGGCUCUGGCACUCAUGGCCUUGGUGGUGCUUCUGGUAACUAUGGAACGGGCACCGACAGCUAUGGCUCAGGAAAUCCCCGUUCCUCCAACUCUGGACCUCACAGCUCGAACAUUGCAAACAAAUUAGACCCUAGAGUCGACUCGGAUCGAUCCGGUCACCAGGGCUACGGCGGCAGUAACACUGCUGGUACUCAGCGCCAGUAUUAAAGAGUUUGGUGAUGCGACAACAUGUUAGCUUAUGACUCUGGUUUGAU